AAAAAAAAAAAGGACGAUGUUCAUGUUUUCGUUAUGAUUUAUUAUUUUUUCAUAAUUUAACUUGUAUUAUACAAUCAAAAUGUCUGGCACAAGUAGUUCGGGAGUGCCCAGUGGUGUGGUGCAGAAUAGUGCUUUAUCGUUCGUAGCGCAAGCGCAGCCAACGAAUUCUGAUGUUUCACCCGUACCAGCUGGGAGUACGGGUUCUACUGGGGAACCCAAUAACCAAACAGAUCGCCUGAUGCCAGCAGGUUUGAAAUCUCUGUACGAAGUCUGUUCCAAAGUAUACCCUGACCAGCCUAACCCUUUACAAGUCACUACAAGACUAAAAUAUUGGUUAGGUGGCCAAGACCCUCUGGACUACAUAAGCAUGUACUGGAACCCUGGGAACCCGGAUGAGAGCAUACCGUCUCACUGGCACUACAUAAGUUUUGGUCUAUCAGACCUGCAUGGAGAUGGCAGGGUACACCCUGAACCAGAUCCCAUAGAGAGAUGCUCAGGGUACGGGCUGGAGGUGACGUUCCGACUGGCGAGCGAGGCGCGUGAGCCGCCGCUGUGGCCUGCCGCGCUGCUGCAGCAGCUGGCGCGAUACAUAUUCACUACUGGCAAUAAAUUCUGUGCUGGCGACCAUGUGACUUGGCAUGCGGCCUUGGACGGUUCGGAGUCUCGCGUGAGACACCUGUUGGUGGCUGACGACCCGCAACUAUCUGUAGCCGACACACCACACGGCACUGUGGCUUUUGUACAGAUGGUGGGUUGUACUAGUCGAGAACUCAGAGCUGCACAGAGGGGCUCCGGGUUCGAAGUCCUCAAGGCGUUAAGUGAAGACCUGAGAUGCGGUGGCAGUUGGCUGGUCACUCGCGCCCAAAGGAGGGUGUCAGCUCGCUUGGGCUCGCACACCCGGCGCGCCGCGCAUCUAGCCGGAGUCUCUGCUAGGGUGCGGUGGCAGAAAAACCCGAGCUUGGAAGAACAAUCGAGUUGUUUAUCCCCGAGUGUGGAGAGACAGAUCAAGGAGACCCUGCAACGGGGACUCAGCAGCAUGAGCGAUAGAGGCACCGAAGGUCACAACAUGUCAACGGAUAGCUUUGAAAUGUCCAGCAUAGAGAGGGCAUUGCCACAACUGCCCGAGAUGAUGCAGGGUUCAUGGAGGGGAGAAGACGAGGUAGAAUACUUAGACGGAGUACACCUGAUGUUGAAUGCGGAGGGAGCUAGCCUGUUACCACUUGCUAUCGAUGGUCGUGUGCUGCACGAUCGUCACUUCACGUGGCGUCAAGGGCCCCGCGCAGUCACCAUCCUGCCCCCCAGCGUGGCCGGCGCCUUAGUCAGCGAACAGAGGCCCUAUGCUACCCGAGGGGACUGGCUGCAGAUUCUAAUACCACGGGAGUUAGCGCAAGAGAUGUCCAAGCAGCUCUCCGAUCUCUCCCGCCUGGCGGAGAGCGACUCGGAGAGUGAAGGAGAGACGGAGAAGUCUCCGCGCCCCGCCCUGCCCCUCGUGUACACGUGGCCCACACACAGACUGACUCUAUCCGUAUUGCACGAUAUGGAGAUAUUGUACUAGUGAAUAAUCAUUAUUUAUAUUUUAAAUAUACAUAUUAUUUUUGCAUUAAU